AUCGGCAUGAAGCUCUCUCCAUCUGCGCGAUCAUGCGUUCAUCCCGAGCACGAAUGAGGUAAGAGAGUCGCCGGCUCGCCAAAUGAAGAAAUCUCCUUGAUGCAGCUUGGGCCAAGGAAAGAUCAGUCGAACAUGCUUGAAUUUUUAAGAUGAAGAUCGGCUGAAGGCAAUCGUCCCCGGGCCAUGGGCCAUGGGCCAUGGCAGUGACGAUGGAUGAACAAAGUGCCGUUCCGCACUUCCUCGAAUGGGCGAGCGAGUGAACGUUCUCGCCGAACUCAAGGUGAGACCGAACCGACAUCAUUCCAAUCUGCAAGUUGGCGAUACCUUCAGCCAAACUUCACCACCCAUUCAAUCUCUACUUAUGACUCCUUAAAGGUCGACAUUCCUCCUUUUCCGAUCUCUCAUUACUCACCCGUCACUCGUUCAACCUCACCAUCCUUCUCCUACAAGUAUUUACGCCUCCGCUACUCUCUUUCGACCAUCAGUAAUACAACAUGGUUGCGAUCAAGCAUAUUGCGGCCAAGCUGGCUGCCGGCGCUGCCCUCUUUCCUCGCCAGAACACACCAUGCAGCUUCGUUAUGAAUGCGGUGGGUGAUCCCAACGGUAUGGUCGUCGAAGAUACCAUCGGCGAGAAUCGAAUCGGUGGAGGAUAUCCUCAAGGCAACUACUAUAUGGAAGGCCACGCUCUCUACGAUGCUCUCAACCACCCAUGUGUUAUCGAACCUGGCUCUUAUCAAUUUCUCUGUACGCAGGGCGGAGGAGGCUUGGCAAACUUCUCCCUGGCUGCUGAUGGCAACUUGAUGCACGAUUCCUGCGAGAACUUCUUGGCUUGUCCUGCUACGGGUCCGGGUGAGGAUGGGAGCUGGAACAUCUUCAGUGAUGCUCUGCAGAACACUACUGGCUGCGAGACAGUCACCUUGAGGACCGGAGGAUUCAACUGCACCGCACUAGGACGUCCUGACCCCACCACAUCUGCCACCGCGAGUGCUACUGGUACUGCUACUGGUACAGCUACUGGUACAGCCACAACUCUUCCUACGGUCACUCCUCUCGCUCCAGCUGCUGCUUGCCCCACAGACCUCUCUCAAGGAACCUUCCAAUUCCCACACCUCAUCGUUCCAACUUCCUCUCAAGAUGGAGACCAUGCAUUCGGAAACUCACUCAAAGCAUACAUCUCACCAAUCAAUACCACCCUCUACAAUUUCGACAUCCCUGCCACGUACAACGGCACAUGUGCCCUCGUCUUCCUCUUCCCAUACCAGACCGAUCUCGAUCCAUCUGCUGGUGGCUACACGUUCUCCGGCACUGAAGAAGAGGUUGGAGAGCACGGAGGUAUCGACUUUGCCCUUCUGUCGGGCAUUGCCUCCGCUGCUACGACGUUCAACAGCACUCCAGCUGUAGCUACGGAUUAUGGCAAGACGCAGAUCAUUCCCGGCAACAACUACACUGUGGCUACAUAUCCAUGCCAGGCGGGAACCACAAUCAGCUAUUCGGCGACAAGCGUGGGCAAUGUGGAGUUAGAUUAUUUCCAGGACAGUGCUCCUAUGCCGAUUGGACUUUAUGUUGUGCCUUGUGCGUAACCUCGUCCUCGACUACAAGAGCAAGGAAGGAGAGAAGAUGAAAGAAGUGAGAGAGCGAAUUGUAAUGAUAAUGACUGGCUGGGUGGUAACUUGAUACCCUUCGUUUUCUUUUGAAAGGUCCUGCUGGCAUCAAGUUCCAUGCUUAGAGAAGUGGAAGGAGCUGGCGGCUAAAAGUUCAUGGUCUCGAAAUGGGACCGCUAAUAGUGCUUGCGCUGCUUUGAUGUACGAUUAGAGAAUCAAGCCAGGC